AGACAAUAUGAUACUAGUAGUUGCAGUGACACGUACACACUAGCUCCAAACCACAAACGAAAACAGGUCGAGGAAGAAAGGAUAGAAUCAAUCAAAAACCCUUUCCGCUCGCGACACCACGUCGUUGGAGAAGAGAAGAGGACUAUGCUUCUCAUUCAACCUCCUCUGGUUUCAUCCCGUUUUCAUUCCCUCUAUUUCAUCACUCGUCCCCACCACUCUUUCUUCCAACCGCCCAUUUCAGCCUUCUCUGCGACCGCCUCUUGUUCGCCAUCAUCAUCAUCAUCAUCAUCAUCAUCAUCAUCAUCAUCUUCUACUUACUUCGCGAGUGAAGAAGAAGAAGACGAUGAAUUCUCCACCGUCGUUCGUCGCCGCUUUGACUUCUCUCCGCUUCUAAAAUUCCUCUCCAGAUUCGGACCAGUCGAAUUGGUUUUGGAGUCGGUCAAUUUGGAACCAACGCCGGCGGUUACGCUUGAUCCGGUGGAGUUGGAGCUGGCCGAGUCAUACAAGGCGGUUCCGGCGCCCUACUGGCACUCACUACUAAAAUCGUUAUGCUCAUCGAGGUCAUCCCUCGGUUUAGCUUACGCCGUCGUCUCUUGGCUGGAAAAGCACAAUCUCUGCUUCUCUUAUGAGCUUCUCUACUCGAUUCUCAUACACGCGCUCGGCCGUUCCGAGAAGCUCUACGAGGCCUUUCUUCUUUCUCAGAAGCAAACCUUAACUCCUCUCACAUACAAUGCUCUGAUUGGAGCUUGUGCUCGGAACAAUGACAUCGAUAAGGCUCUUAAUCUCAUUUCUAGGAUGCGUCAAGAUGGUUACCAGUCCGAUUUUGUUAACUACAGUUUGGUUAUUCAGGCUUUGACACGUAGCAACAAGAUUGAUUCCGCUCUUUUGCACAGCCUUUAUCGAGAAAUCAAACAUGACAAGCUUGAGCUUGAUGUGCAGCUAGUUAAUGAUCUCAUCAUGGGCUUUGCUAAGUCUGGUGACCCCUCUCGGGCUUUGCAGCUUCUUGGCAUGGCUCAGUCUACGGGUUUGAGCGCCAAAACCGCCACUCUUGUUUCUAUUAUCUCGGCAUUGGCGAAUUCGGGAAGGACUUUAGAAGCUGAAGCUUUGUUUGAGGAGCUGAGGCAAAGCGGUAUAAAGCCGAGAACCAAGGCUUACAAUGCGUUGCUUAGAGGAUAUGUGAAGACUGGACCGCUAAGAGAUGCGGAGUCCAUGGUUUCGGAGAUGGAGAAGAGUGGUGUUUCGCCUGACGAACAUACGUACAGUCUCCUCAUUGAUGCUUAUGUGAAUGCUGGAAGAUGGGAAAGCGCCAGGAUUGUGUUGAAAGAGAUGGAAGCUGGUGAUGUUCAGCCUAAUUCUUUUGUUUUCAGCAGACUCUUAGCCGGUUAUCGCGACAGAGGCGAGUGGCAGAAGACAUUUCAAGUUCUCAAGGAGAUGAAGAGCAUCGGAGUUAAGCCCGAUAGACAAUUCUACAACGUGGUGAUCGAUACCUUUGGAAAGUUUAAUUGUCUUGAUCAUGCCAUGACGACUUUUGAUAGAAUGUUAAGCGAGGGAAUCGAACCUGAUAGGGUCACUUGGAAUACGCUUAUCGAUUGCCACUGCAAGCACGGCCGGCACAUAGUAGCACAAGAGAUGUUUGAGGCAAUGGAGAAGCGAGGGUGCUUGCCUUGCGCCACAACCUAUAACAUCAUGAUCAACAGUUAUGGAGAUCAAGAAAGAUGGGAUGAUAUGAAAAGAUUGUUGGGGAAGAUGAAGAGCCAAGGAGUACUGCCUAACGUCGUGACACACACAACACUCGUCGACGUUUAUGGCAAAUCCGGUAGGUUUAACGAUGCAAUAGAUUGCUUGGAGGAGAUGAAGUCAGUUGGGCUGAAACCAUCAUCAACAAUGUACAAUGCCCUUAUCAAUGCCUAUGCACAGAGGGGUUUAUCGGAGCAAGCUGUUAAUGCGUUUAGAGUGAUGACAUCAGAUGGACUGAAGCCAAGUUUACUGGCUCUCAAUUCCCUCAUCAAUGCCUUUGGAGAGGAUAGAAGAGACGCCGAAGCCUUUGCCGUUUUGCAGUACAUGAAAGAAAACGGCGUAAAUCCAGACGUGGUGACAUACACAACACUCAUGAAAGCUCUCAUUCGUGUUGAUAAGUUCCAAAAGGUACCCGGUGUUUACGAGGAGAUGAUCAUGUCAGGCUGCAAACCAGAUAGGAAAGCUAGAUCCAUGUUACGCUCCGCUCUAAGAUACAUGAAGCAGACGUUAAGAGCCUCAUAAAAACAUAGAAGUUGCUAAACUUAUUCUAUCGAGCUUCUGUUGUUAGAUGAUAUCUCACAAGCUAAGGUCAGUAUGUAACGUCACAAACCACACAGAGAAAGUCUUUCGAACAAAUCCUCACAAUUCUCUGUCUAUGUAAAGAUUCAAACUGUAUAAAUAUAUAACUGUUACGUAGACUUAAAUUA